AUGCUGUCUCCUGAUGUCUUUCUCUCCCCCCCUUCUCGUCGACCCCCCCUCAUUCCAAUCUCCUCCUCACCCGACUUGCCUUCCGUCCAGGACCUUGCAUCGAACAGGCCGAAUCGUCCACAACUACUUCUUCGCGGCAAAUCUGUGGCAGUUCCGGAUCAUGUCAGUCCAGCUACGCCGAGCGCAGGCAGUUUGUGGAGGUCUUCGUAUGCCCCCGAAGUGGCGAAACCAAGCCUGCGUCGUGUGCUCGACACUGCCAUGGGAGACGCCGAUGAGCCAAUUGUUAUUGAUGCCACGCCGAAACGCCCAAUAUCGAAGAGGCUCUUGAAACGCAAGAAGGCUCCCGAACAGCCUACGACGGAAAUCUCUCGGUCGUCGGCCGGUCCAUGGCCGACAGUCGGCGAGGGUUGGAAGCAUUUCAAGUCGCCACGAAAAGAAGCCGAGGAAACGAGGCCAGAGGUAGAUUUAGCAACGGAUGAUCAUGCUGGAAAAGAAUCCCAUUCAACUGGGGAUGGGGAGGCGACGAGCCAAUUCUUCGAAUCCCGGCCCGCAACCGCCGCCAAGGUCGCCAAGGUCGCGAAGACGGCCAAGACGGCAAGGCCAACGACAACCAAGCCCGUCGCUGUCGAGCCUCUACAGUUGGAGCCGGCCAUGAGCCGGCGUGCUGACUGGACCCCGCCUACAAACAAGGUGCCGCUGAUUCUUCAUUCCAACAGCCCUGGCCCGGAGGAUGGACCGUGCUCCCAGAACCGAUCGGCGGAAUUGUUCGAAAACUUGGUAGGCGCGUACAAAUGCAACGACGAGGCGCGCCCCGAGGUUGUCGCCAUGUCGGAUGAGGCCUCUGGUUUUCUCAAGAAGCGAAAGAGAAUCGAGCUUGUUCCGAUCGAGCCGGCCAUGGAGGAAUGCCCAAAGGCUCUGGCAUCCCCAGCAAAGCAAAAGGCGGCGAAAAAGAAAGCACGAACGAUUACGGGACUUGCGACUGCCGCUUAUCGGCCACCAAGCCAAGCUGCGGCCGUGGUGGAAAGCGAGCAACAGUCGUCCAAGGUUGUCGACACGGACACGGGAAAACGCAAAGGGCGAAAAAGAGCCUCCAAGGCGUCGAAGAAAAAGCCGGCUCCGCCCAAGCCUAUCCUUCUCUCUCCCGAGUCGGCGUUGCGGCAAGUGGCGGGCCAGGAGUUUCUAUUCGGCACCUCGAGCCAGUUGGCGCGCGACCAAUCGCCCUCGCAGUUGCGCAAAUUUCAGACCAACUCGAGGCAGCGCAAUCAGCUGGACUGCAUCACGCUCGAGAGUCCGGUGAAUAGCGAUGCGAUCGAGCCAUCGGAGCAUCGACAGAGCCUUUGGGAUGCAGCGGCACGAGAUGCCGACGGUGACCUGUUUGACGCUGAGAUGCGCAACUUUGCCGACGGCUCGCAACGGCUGCCGGUCCCCGAAGACGAGGACCCGUUUGGUUACGUUCAGGGGACCGAGGAAACGAUCGGCCUUCCGCACCUGCCGGCGGAAAAGGAUGGCCGAGAUGACGAUUCGUUUGCGAACCUGUCGGACAUUCUUCCGACCGCACAAAGCAAAGCUGUGGACGUUGUUGACGAUGGCCGAGCUGAUGAUUCGUUUGUCAACCUGUCGGACAUUCUUCGCGCCGCACCGAGCAAAGCUGUGUGUGUCGUUGACGAUGAUUCAUUCGCCCACCUGUCGGACAUUCUUUCCGCCGCACCGAGCAAAGCUGUGCGUGUCGUUGACGACGAUCGAGUUGAUGAUUCGUUUGUCAACCUGUCGGACAUUCUUCCCGCCACACCCAGCAAAGCUGUGGACGUCGUUGACGACGAUUCCUACUUUUCCGUUGGCAAUCUUGCCGCUGGCACUUUGAGGUACGAUGGGUGUGCAAAUGUCGUGGGCGAACGGCAGCGGGCGCAUGUGCCGCAGGAAGGGGAGGAGGAGAAGUUGGGAGCAGAAGCGGCGGCGGCGGCGGCAGAGCAGGCAGAAUUGGAGGCUACGACGGUUCUGGCGGGGCCACGGCCAUCGUACGAACAGCUUUCCGAUGCGCAGCUUGCCAAACAGGUGGCACGGUACGGUUUCAAGCCCAUCAAGAAGCGCACGGCCAUGAUUGCGCUACUGCAACAGUGUUGGCAAGGAGCGCCCCGGACGACGCUGGGUUCCAGGGCGGCGUCUACGUCGACGGCGAAUCCUGCGAAGCGUGGUGCCGCAUCAGCGCCGGCGCCGGCGGCGACUACUCCGGAAAAGCGUCGACGUGGCCGACCGAGAAAGACGAGUGCCAGUGACGGAGCGGCGCAGGAGCCCCCCCCGUCCGCGCAGCCUACGGCGUCACCGAAGAGGCCGCGUGGCAGGCCCAAGAAGGAAGCUGAUGCCCCUUGGACGCCGCAGCGGACAUUGCGAUGCCCCAAGGCUGCCGCCGUCGUCAUGGAGAUUCCAGACUCCGAAGCCGAGUCCGGUUCGGACGGCAACUCAUCGCCGGAAGCAAUCUUCUCGCCGGCGGCGGUCGACCUGGCGCUGUCGGUGGAGGACGACACGGAAACCAGCCUCGCGACGUCGCCGACGGACCAACAGCGCAUCUUAUUUUCGCACAUUGCAAAAGCGGUGACGACGGCGCCGAGGACGACGGACCCGGCGAAUCCGUCGUGGCACGAGAAGAUUCUGCUGUACGACCCCAUUGUUCUGGAGGACUUGACGGCAUGGCUCAACAGCGGACAGCUGACCCGCGUCGGCUACGACGGCGAGGCGAGGGUGGGCGAGGUCAAGAGGUGGUGCGAGUCGAAGAGCAUAUGCUGUCUGUGGCGGGUGAAUCUCCGGGGCAGGGAGCGGAAGCGUUAUUGA